AUGGCUAGCAAGAUGAAGAUGAAGUACGAGAAGUAUUGGGGAGAUGUGGAUAAAAUGAACAAACUACUUUACAUCUCCACUGUAAUGGAUCCGAGGUACAAGAUGGGUUUUGUUGAUUUUGCUUUGAAAAGGGUGUAUCCUGAGGGUGGCAAGGGAGCACGUAUGCCGGAGGAUGUGAGGAAGGCGACAUUUGCUCUAUUUGCUCACUAUGAACAGCAUUGGAAGUUGAAACAAUCCAAGAAUGCCUCUACUUCGUUGGCCCCAAUUGUGGAGGAGGGUGAUGGGGAUAAGCUUGAUGUACUUGCUGAAUACAAAAAGCAUAGAGAGCAAAUGGUAGGGGUGGUAAACAAAUCCGAACUUGAGAAAUACCUUCAUGAGGAAGACGAACUAAUGGUGCUCAAGUUUGAUGUACUUGGUUGGUGGAAGGUUAACAUCUUGAGGUUUCCAGCCCUUUCCAUGAUGGCUAAGAAUGUUUUAGCGGUCCCAAUCUCUAUCGUUGCAUCCGAAUAUGCCUUUAGCGCUGGUGGGAGGAUUCUAGAUGAUUUCAGAAGUUCAUUGACUCCUAAGAUAGGGGAUUUUUCCAGAAAUAACACUGUUUAA